AACUCAAAAGUAUCAAGCGCCAUUGUCAUUUCACUUUCCAAGAACCAGGUUCCUUUCAUCUUUCUCCCUUUUUCUUCUUUCUAUCAAUACUCUCUCUCUUUCAUGUAUGCCAUUCUUGCCCUAAACUAUUUUAGCAGUUCCCAGUUAUCACUUUCUUGAAAGAAUCAAAGCUUCAAUGGGUACGUAUCACACAUGCUCUUCUUUCAAAUCGUUAUCCAACAAAGUCGGAGGAAUAUUAUGCUGUUGCAAUUCGCCAAAUCGCUAUGAACGGUUGGACAGUAAACUUGAGAGAAAAAUGAUGGAGGUCAAGAACAGUAGCAGUCAAGGAAGCACCAGUUUUAGAUCUAUCAAUAGCAUAAUCUUGAGGUUCCCUCGAUUCAAAGAAGGAUUAAAGGAGAUUCGAGGCGUUUUUGAACUAUACGAUGAAGAUUCAAAUGGAACCAUCGAUAACGAGGAGCUAAAAAGAUGCUUGCAAAAGCUGCAAUUUCAUUGUACCGAGCAGGAAAUUAAAGAUCUUUUCGAGUCGUGUGAUAUGGAUGGGAGUAACGGGAUACAAUUGAACGAGUUUAUUGUUCUUUUGUGCCUCAUUCAUCUUCUCGCCGGUCCAUCAUCCUCGUCCAAUGCUACAUCAACGAUGGGUUCUCCGGAGCUGAAAGCAACAUUCGAUACAAUGAUUGAAGCCUUCUUGUUUCUUGAUAAAAAUGGCAAUGGAAAGCUGAACAAGAAAGACAUGAUCAAGGCGAUGAACGAAGACUUUCCCAUGGAGAAAUCGCCGACCCAUAUCACCAAGACCCGAUUCAAAGAAAUGGACUGGAACAAGGAUGGUAAAGUCAGCUUCAGGGAGUUUCUGUUCUCUUUGAUCAACUGGGUCGGUUUCGAAUCCACUGAUGAAGUUACAACACCGAUUUGAUCCUGAUUUGUGAACGGAUCGUGACCAUGAGUAAGAUUGAUUUCGAUGUAUGAUAUGUGCAAGUUAUAGCUUUGUGAAAAUUUCGGUUUUAAACUUUAUUUCUUCGUGUUAUUUCGAACGUUUCUGUCAUGUAUCGAAUAACUUUUAUAUAUUUUCACGAACCAAA